CAUAAAUAUAUUUUGUACGUAUUAAUUGCAUGGUUGGUCAUUGAGAUUACAAAAAAAGUUCAUGUUUGGUCACUGAAAAUAUUUAAAUCCAAUCUUGUUCACUCAAAUUAGUUAAAUAGUUCAAGUUUGGUCACUCUCUGUUACCUUCCGUCAGUUUUCGUUAACAGCGUCAGUUAUUUGCUGACAUGGCUAACGGAAACGCCUAAUCAGCGAAUUUUGACCCCAAAAUAUUAAAACAAAACCUUCCAGAUCAGCAAAUCCCUCCACAUGAGUUUCCCCAACCCUGCUUUUGACCCAACUCCACUCCCCAAUCCAACCCUUGACCCGACUCUUCCCAAACCCAUAAUCGCCAUCUUCCAAGAUGGAAGCCAGUAAAGGUCGGCACCUCUCCAUCUUCCCCAACCCAAUCUUCUUCCCCUACCUGUUCAUCGUUUCCAUCAAAUCCAGAAUUAACACAUCAACAAACAAAGCCAGCUACAAUUAAAUACAUACCCUUCAUUCCUUCUUCUACAUCGAGGGCGGCCAGUGCGGCAACAAAAUCGGCUCCAAGUUCUGGGAGGUCAUCUGCAGUGAACACGGCGACGACUCGACCGGGAGGUACAACGACGAUGAGGCCUCCAAGCCUGGCCGCCCUUGAUGUAGAAGAAGGAAUGAAGGGUAUGGAUUUAAUUGUAGCUGGCUUUGUUAGUUGAUGUGUUAAUUCUGGAUUUGAUGGAAACGAUGAACAGGUAGGGGAAGAAGAUUGGGUUGGGGAAGAUGGAGAGGUGCCGACCUUUACUGGCUUCCAUCUUGGAAGAUGGCGAUUAUGGGUUUGGGAAGAGUCGGGUCAAGGGUUGGAUUGGGGAGUGGAGUCGGGUCAAAAGCAGGGUUGGGGAAACUCAUGUGGAGGGAUUUGCUGAUCUGGAGGGUUUUGUUUUAAUAUUUUGGGGUCAAAAUUCGCUGAUUAGGCGUUUCCGUUAGCCAUGUCAGCAAAUAACUGACGCUGUUAACGAAAACUGACGGAAGGUAAUAGAGAGUGACCAAACUUGAACCAUUUAACUAAUUUGAGUGAACAAGAUUGAAUUUAAAUAUUUUCAGUGACCAAACAUGAACUUUUUUUGUAAUCUCAAUGACCAACCAUGCAAUUAACCCGAUAAAUUGUAGAUUCGAAAACUGCAUCAGUCGAGACAAAAGAACAGCUGGAAGAAGUACAAAAAUAAAAACCAAAAGGAGAAGGAUCCAGUGCUUCGCACCUUCAGUGCUCCGCCUUCUAGUGACCAUUUCCGCCGGUAAUCAUCUGGAUAAGCCUUUUGCUUCCACGGACACGCACAAAAACCCAAAGAAAACACGCCAUUAACAAUGGCUUCCCCCGGCUCCUUCCGGCACAACCUGACCAAUCAGUGACGAAACAAUUCCUUUACUGUCUACAGUCUCUUCAAUUCAGUAGAGUGGUUGCCGGAGUUUGAUCGGAGAACAAAUGAGUUUCCGGGACGAUAACGAGGAUGGGAGAGGCGGCGGCGGGGAUCUGCGGAAGCCGUUCCUACACACGGGGAGCUGGUACCGGAUGGGUUCGAGGCAGUCUUCCAGCAUGAUGGGUUCUACCGCCGGGUUUCGCGACAGCUCCAUCUCCGUCCUCGCCUGCGUUCUCAUCGUCGCCCUCGGCCCAAUCCAAUUCGGCUUCACCUGUGGGUAUUCUUCCCCGACUCAGUCCGCCAUCACAAAGGAUCUCAAUCUUACCGUCUCCGAGUUUUCUUUGUUUGGGUCCUUGUCGAAUGUUGGAGCUAUGGUUGGAGCAAUUGCCAGUGGGCAGAUUGCUGAAUACAUCGGCAGAAAAGGGUCUCUAAUGAUUGCUGCAAUCCCAAACAUUAUCGGCUGGCUAGCCAUCUCGUUUGCCACAGAUUCUUCAUUCCUCUACAUGGGGAGAUUGCUGGAGGGUUUUGGCGUGGGGAUCAUCUCUUACACGGUGCCUGUUUACAUAGCAGAGAUAGCACCACAAAAUCUGAGAGGAGGCUUGGGUUCUGUCAAUCAGCUCUCUGUCACUAUUGGAAUCUUGCUGGCUUACCUGCUCGGACUAUUUGUCCCAUGGAGAAUUCUAGCUGUUUUAGGAGUAUUGCCUUGCACAAUUCUGAUACCUGGCCUGUUCUUCAUUCCCGAGUCUCCCCGGUGGUUGGCGAAAAUGGGGAUGAUGGAAGAUUUUGAAGCAUCUCUGCAAGUUCUCCGUGGGUUCGAUGCUGAUAUUUCCCUGGAAGUGAACGAAGUUAAGAGAGCAGUGGCUUCUGCUGGCAGAAAACAAGCAAUCCGCUUCGCUGACCUAAAAAGGAAAAGAUAUUGGUUCCCGUUGAUGGUUGGAAUUGGCUUGCUUGUUCUGCAACAGCUCAGUGGAAUCAAUGCCGUCCUAUUCUAUUCCAGCACCAUUUUUGAAGCUGCUGGAGUUACAAACGGCAAUAUGGUCACAUGUAUCGUUGGUGCGCUCCAGGUCCUAGCCACUGCUGUAACAACCUGGCUCAUUGAUCGAGCUGGGCGCCGAGUUCUACUCAUAGUCUCUGCUAUUGGGAUGACUCUCAGCAUUCUACUUGUCGCUGUAUCUUUCAUCGUAAAGGAUUUCAUAUCAAGUGAUUCGAAUUUGUCCAACAUAUUGGGGAUUCUGUCAGUUGUUGGAGUUCUGGCCAUGGUUGUUACCUUCUCUUUGGGAAUGGGAGCCAUCCCUUGGGUUAUCAUGUCCGAGAUUCUUCCUGUCAACAUUAAAGGCCUAGCUGGAAGCACAGCAACGCUGGCGAAUUGGUUCAUUGUGUGGCUGGUUACCGUGACAGCAAACUUGCUCUUGACUUGGAGUGCAGGAGGAACUUUCAUCAUUUACACGGUGGUGAGUGCCUUCACUGUGGCAUUUGUAUCACUCUGGGUUCCCGAGACGAAAGGAAGGACUCUGGAAGAGAUUCAAAGCUCCUUCAGAUGAGAUCAUCCCUUCUUGUUUCUUCGCCCUUCUUCCUCUUCCGUACGGUUUUCUGGGAGAUUGGGCCGACAUAUAGCAAAAUCUUAUGUACAUCAUAUUGAGGGAGGAGAACAGAAAAGGAAGAGGGAGAAGCAGAAUUUGCCCUUGAUUUUGGCUGUUUUGUAAUGUGGGUCGUUUUCGGGCCAUUUUGUGCAUAGUAAAAUUCUAUAUGCAAAUUCUUUCAGCAAACAACGAGUUCAUAGGUGGCCCUUUUGCCCAUUCUCUGCCAACCCUCCUCAAUUUCUUCUUCCCGACUUGUUCAUCAGUUCGACCCCAGUCGUUAGUGAAAAGUGAUUCUCGUUGUCUGAGUCGUCGUUCUUGGUAUGGCUGUGCACGUUUACAGUGAUUAAUCCUUGCUUUACUUGUUACAGUAAUUAAACUGCAUGAGUUCUCAGCUAAUCAAUCUACCAUUUUUCC